AUGUCUGGCAGCCAGCCUCGCAUCAACUCACACCAUAUUCAGCAUGUUCAGCAAGCGCUCCUUGACUCCGCCGCCUCGCACCGCAUAUACCACAACCAGAGCGCCGGAGCCUUAAAUGGCAACUCUCCUGCUGUCAUGGACGGCUCUUCGUUUCCUGACUUUUCCUUUCCAUUCGGCGGCUUAUCGGACCAGGACCCCAUGAUGGCUAUGCCGGAAGCUUGCUUUGGUAACCCCCCGAACCCAGAUUUUCCCCAUAUUCAUGGACUUAGCAGUGCUGGGACUCCCGUCGGACACUCACUGGCUACUCUGCCAGGCUUGGCCGGGUCGUCCUUUGGUCCAGAGCCAAGUGACCGCAGUGCUAGCUUGGAAAUAGCAGAGGAUGUCAUACGUGAUCGAAAUUCCCCAGCUGAUCAUUCGUUCGAGGAUGCUGGGACCGAUGAAUUUGGCUUGCCAGGGAACCUUCGGGCUGAUGGCACGGAUCUUGGAGGCAAGAACAAGGAUGAUAAAGCAGGACAUCCACCAGCUUGGAGCGAGCUGAAAACAAAGGCAGGCAAGGAUCGCAAGAGACUACCUCUCGCUUGCAUUGCCUGUCGACGCAAGAAAAUUCGUUGUUCUGGAGAAAAGCCGGCUUGCAGGCAUUGCCUUAGAUCGCGCAUUCCCUGUGUGUAUAAAGUCACAACCCGAAAAGCUGCACCACGGACGGACUACAUGGCCAUGCUGGAUAAGCGGCUGAAGCGGAUGGAAGACCGAAUCAUCAAAAUUAUCCCCAAGCCAGAUCAAGACACGGUAUGUGCCGUUACUCGAGCAGUUGUCAAACCAGCAAUUCCUGGCACGAAUCAAGGAAGCAAAACGGCAUCUAAAAAGCGUGGCGCCGAUGAGGCCUUUGGUGCUGAUCUAGAAGCGUGGGCAAAGGGACCACCCAGAGUCAAGGCCAGAGGCGAUGGGGUCGACGAUGGGUCCCCGUCCCCAGACGACGGCGAGUCUGACGAGAACUUGUUGCUUCAGGAAGGCACCGAUGCUCUUCCGUCGAAAGAGGUCCAAGAGCAUCUUGCAGAAGUGUUUUUCGACAAUGUCUAUGGCCAAGCGUACCAUCUGCUUCACAAACCAAGUUAUAUGCGCAAGUUGAAGAACAAUACUCUUCCCCCCGUACUGAUUCUUUCCGUUUGUGCUGUAGCCGCACGUUUUGCGCCACAAUCUAAUAUUCGCUCCGACGCAAGACCUUUUCUACGAGGUGAGGAGUGGGCAUCAUGUGCCCGAGAUAUCUGUACGAGGCGGUAUGAAUGGCCAAAUAUGACCAUCUUGACUUGCCUUCUCAUCUUAGGCCUGCACGAGUUUGGAACGUGUCACGGUGGCCGUAGUUGGGCAUUGGGCGGCCAAGCAAUCCGCAUGGCGUUCGCUCUUCAGCUUCACAAGGACUUGGAAUUUGACCCAUCCAGACGGGGCAAGAAGACACCGCUCAGCUUCAUCGACCGCGAAAUUCGACGACGCAUCAUGUGGGCAUGCUUCUUGAUGGACCGUUUCAACUCUUCCGGCUCUGACCGACCUACUUUUAUCAAAGAAGAGUCUAUCAAGAUCCAACUUCCUGUCAAGGAAAGUUAUUUUCAGUUAGAUAUGCCGGCCCAAACAGAGUGUCUCGAUGGCUCCUCGCCCCUCUCUGAUUCUCCAGGCAGCGAGCACAACGUCCAGGCCAAGGCAAACAUGGGCGUUGCGGCGUACACAAUUCGCACUAUAGCCCUCUGGGGUCGUAUUGUUGCAUAUCUCCACCAAGGUGGGAAAGAGAUGGAUUCAUACCCCUUGUGGAGCGAGACGUCAGAUUAUACGAGUCUUGUUCAACAAGUGGAUGAACUGCAGCGUACGCUUCCCGAUUCGCUGCAAUAUUCUACAGACAACUUGACCUUGCACUUGACUGAGAAAACGGCCAGCCAGUUUUUACUAAUGCAUCUGUCAAUUCAGCAAAAUAUACUGUUCCUUCAUAAGGCGCCUAUUGCUUGGGCAAAUAACGGUAAUGACGCUCCCCCCGACUUUUUGGCACAAGCCAGUGCCAAGACGAUUUUGGCAGCAAAUCGGAUAUCUGAGAUACUACGGGAUGCUGAACAUGCCAAAUGCAACGUGACUGCUCCAUUUGCAGGCUACUGUGCCUUCUCCGCAACCAAUAUUCACAUUCUCGGAAUAUUCUCUGGCAAUGCCGCAGUCAAGGCGACUGCUGAGGUCAAUGCCGGCAUCAACAUCAAGUUCCUACGAAAAACGAUGCGAUACUGGGGCAUGUUCCACUGGAUGGUGGAAAACAUUCGAACUCAGUACAGAAAUGCCUUGGAGGCAUCACGAUGUGGGAAGCUUGGUGCACAAGGCUCUACAUCAUGGCCAGUUUUACAGUAUUCGGACUGGUUCAACCGAUAUCCUCACGGGGUCAGCGAGUUCGAUGUUGUAGAACCAAUAUCUCAGCGAAGAAGAGACAAGGGCGAGGACGCUGUAUUGGAACAGAAACCAGAGCUGCAAUCUGUCGAAGACUUCUUCACUAGCCUAGCUUCUCCAUGCAGUACCGAGGGCAGAGCUGCUUCUCAGGGCCCUGCUACCAAGCGCAAGCAGCCUUCAAAGAAUACCAGCGAUGCUCCCAUCAGUCGCCAAGAUAGCAACAAGUCCGUUGAGUCAGGUAUAGGACGACACACUGGAGGUCCCCUGAGAAUUCAGACGCAGAUUUCCGGCUCACAGCAGGCCCCAGUGUCCUUGAGUGGCCAGAGGAGCGGAUCUGGUGCGGCGGCAUUCAAUUCCGUUGGGCUGUCUCAGGCCCAGACGCAAUCACGCACGACAAUGUCUCCAACGAGCCCUGUGCAAGCCACGUCAUUCCCUCAGCAAGGCUCCAGCCAGUCUCCAUACUUCUCACAGGAUAUGCUCCAGAUGCACAGAAUGGGACAGCAAUCCAACGACAUGUCACAGAACCUGGACGGGCAGGUUUCUUAUGGAUACACAUUAUCUCCCGGUAAUCAGAAUACGAUGGAUGGCAGCGCACCCAACUGGCAUGCCAAGGGACAAGCCAAAAUGCCAAACCCGGAUCAACGUGCCUUGAAGAUGGACAGUGGGCAAGGUCCCCCACAACAGCCUCAAAGCCAGGGCCAAAUUGGCGCUGCCGGGCUGAGUGCAUUUACAGGCAGUGACCUUCCCCCCGAAUGGUUUAUGCCUUUUGGUGGCAUGGAGCAGCCUGGAUCGCAAAAUGUAAAUCCUUUUGGCCAAGGGGAAACUGGAAGCAACCCUGCCAUGGAUCCAUUUGGCUCCAUGUUUGGAACCAAUGUUUGA